AUGUUCAGCGUUCUUCCUCCUCCCCCACGGUAUCCCCAGGCCGGCGCCUACGUCGGCCUGGGCGGUCCCGGAGCCAUGCCCAUGAUCGAGACGAACAAUACCGUCACCAAGCCGGAAGGCCCCGAAUAUCAAUUCCUCGUCGGCGAGGGCACCUACGUCUUGAAAGAAGACCUACACCUUGCGACUCCUCCUCCUCACCCGUCCGAAGCUCCGAUCAUCAACCCCAAUCCGCUCGCCACAAACCCGCAGCCCGCCAGCGUCGGCACCAAGGUGUCUCUCUUGAGGCUAGAUGUGCGGCCGCCUCCGCCGUCCUUCUACCGAGGCCCCUUCGCGAACGGCCUCUCGUCCCUGGCCAAUACGAACACGAGCAUACAAGAACACCCGAGCGAGCGUUACUCGACGGAGGCCGGCAUGAGCAGUGAUGGCGGGAACGGCUCUCUCAGCGAUGCGCCCCAGACGUCCAUGACGCUCGUAUCGGCGCCGGCCUUUGGCGACGGCAACGCGGCCCUGGCACCCAUCAACCCUAAGGAUGUCGGCAAGAAGAAGAAGCCAAAGAACAACAUGACCAAGAGCAACUCGUCAUUCAUCUCCCGCGUUAUCGUCAACGAGAACCUCUCCAAGAAACUAACCGACAGAAAGCCGGAGGGUGUCUUUUGCUUCGCCAACAUCAACCGUGCCUUCCAGUGGCUGGACCUGUCGGCCUGGCAGAAGCAAGAUUAUCUGACCAAGAUUCUGUUCACCAGGGCACAUUGCUUGUGCCACGACAUCAACCCCGUGACGAAGAGCCUGGGCCACAUUGACGUGAUCAUGGGCUUCUCCACGGGCGAGAUCAUCUGGUGGGAGCCAGUGUCUCAGCGCUACACGCGUCUGAAUAAGAAUGGCAUCAUCAACGGCACCCCCGUGUCCGAGAUUCGGUGGAUUCCCGGCUCAGAUAACCUCUUCCUCGCGGGCCACAUGGAUGGCUCGCUUGUGGUGUACGACAAGGAGAAGGAGGAUGCGCCUUUUGUGCCCGAGGAGGAGCUGGCGACGAACGGCGUGGCCAAUGGCGACACCGACGCCACCGACUCUGGCGAGUCCAGCGCGCCCAAGAACGUCAAUCCGAACACGCGAAUCCACAUUUACAAGUCUGUGCACUCCAAGAACCAAAAGGUCAACCCGGUAGCGGCAUGGAAACUUUCCAAUCAGCGCAUCAAUGCAUUUGCCUUUAGCCCUGAUAACCGCCACCUGGCCGUGGUCUCCGAGGAUGGCUCGCUGAGGAUCAUUGACUACCUGAAGGAGGAGCUGCUCGACCUUUACCACUCGUACUACGGCGGCUUGAUCAGCGUGUGCUGGUCGCCUGACGGCAAGUAUGUUCUUACAGGCGGACAAGAUGACCUGAUCUCCAUCUGGUCUGUCAUCGAUCACGCCAUCAUCGCUCGCUGCCAAGGCCAUCAGUCCUGGGUCACCUCGGUGGCGUUUGACCCGUGGCGAUGCGAUGACAAGAACUACCGGUUCGGCAGCGUCGGCGAGGACCGCAGGUUGUGCCUAUGGGAUUUCAACGUCGGCAUGUUGAGCAGGCCAAAGGCGGCGUCCGUCCGCCAACGAGGCUCGAUUUCUUCUCGUUUCCCCGGCUCCACGUCGCUGCAGCGCCUCGAGACAGGCAACACGACGACUAGUGGACGUCUGCGGUCCAACUCUGCCCUCUCGACGGCGGAUAUCGAUGACGACGAGGAGGGCAUCGUCCACCCUGUGGAGCCCCGCUCACACACUGCCAUGCUCCCGCCUGUCAUGUCCAAGGUCAUCCACCCUAGUCCCAUGUGCUGGCUCGAGUUCACCGAGGACUACAUCAUGACGAGCUGCAAGUCUGGUCAUAUCCGCACCUGGAGCAGGCCAACAGAGUCAGCGGUUCCAAAGGACGGAGCAACACAGCCUGCGAAAUAG